UGCCCUCGCUAUUCAACUAAUUUUGUUCCGCCCCUAAGGUAUGAUUGACAGUACUACGAGGAGACGGGUCUUGAACAGAGAGCGGCAAGAUGGCAGAGGACAGCGAAUUAGCCGCUUUGCGAAAUAGGUUUAGGCAAAAAGCAGAAUUAUUAAUUCAAGGAAGUCCAGGACAAAGCGGCACAAACUAUAAUUCAGAAGAUAAAGAGAAGAAAGAAAAACCAUUGCCCAGAAUCAAUUUUCACUCUGUAUUUUGGAUAUUGGCUUCAAUUGCUGUAACCUACUACAUUGAUUUCUUUUUUAUAAUCAAAGAAGAUUUGGACAUUAAAAGGUGGUGGUUUAAUAUUGGCAGUCUGUUGCUGGUUGUGAGCUUAGUUUUGGCUUUUUACUGCAUCGCCUACCUAGAUUGGUAUUGCAGUAUUCGAGAUUAUGACAAAGAAUAUCCAGCUCUGGCCCCAGUCACCACAGCUACAUUUAUUGCAGCUUCAAUAAGUUUUAAUAUAGCAUUGUGGCCUGUCUGGUCUUUCUUCACUCCAGUGAUUCUCUUUACGCAGUUUAUGGGAGUUGUAAUGUUUGUCUCCUUGCUCGGAUAAAGUUCAAAGAUUUGCUUUGAGGAGAUCUGUCUGUAUUGAGUCUUGAACCCACAACCUAAAACUCAGAGGCAAGUGCCUUGCAGUGUGAGCUAAAUGGAGAUCUGCAUCUGUCAGCCACGUAUAGCACAUCACUGAAAACUGUGAGCAGUGCACCUUCUGGUAACGUCAGCUGAACUUUUUCUGUGUUAGCCACCACUGUCCCCGCGCAGAAUCACCACUGCAAUAGUACAGACUAUAUUUCUUCUCUUUUAUUAUUCAUUACUGAAAGUAGUAUAUUUAAAGUCUGUGUAUACUGCAUUUAGACUUUUUGCUUGACUCUCUAACUGGUCUGAGUUUUUGUCUGCUAUGUUAUGUUUAUUUUUUCUCUUUAGACUGAGAUUUAAUAUGUUUUUCUUAAAAAAUUAAUAUUUACUUGAACUGUGAAACAUAAGUCAUUGAACUUCAAACAGCAAGUUUGCCUGUUCAGUUUUUGUGUCCGACAAGCUGACCAUGAGUAUGUCUUACCUAUUUGUGCUUCAACUGUAAAUAUAUCUAGCAAAAUAACUGUAAUUUUAUUUCUUGUAUAUCACAUUUGAUAAAGGCAACUGCACCUACACAGUAAAAAUGUUUAAAUAUUUGAAUCAAUAUUUCUUGUUUUUAUAUCAUUGGAUAUUGUGUUGGUUGUAAAAGAAUCUGUUUCAUGGCAUGUCCUUUUAAAUUAACUGAAUGAGCUAAUAUUGAGAAACGUGUAGUACAAAAUAAAAGUUUUAUUUUUCUCUGUA